AUGCGGGCAUUAAAGGGUAAGACGAAGCCUAUGAAAAAGAACCCAAAUAGUAGACGGGCCAUGUUUUGUUAUCUCUGGAUCAAAAGUCCAAUAAAACAGGUGCUGGGACCAUGCCUGACCAGCUAUGCGGACAACGGAAGCUCUGAGAGCCAUAGAUACUAUCUGGCACGCAGAACUGUGCUGGAGAUGCUCAGGGACAGAGGCUAUGCCGUGCCCAACUCUGAAAUCGAGCUCUCUCUACAAGACUUCUUGGCCAUUCACGGCCAAAACCCAGACCUUGAGCGCCUCCGAAUCUCCACGACGUUUCGCUCUGACCCUUUGAAAAGGAUUUUAGUAAUUUUUUGUGGACCUGGUGUGGUAAAAGUUAAUGUGAUCCGCAGCAUUGCAUCCCAAAUUGUCAACAAAGACACUUUAAGUGGAUUGAUAUUAAUAGUGCAAAACCAUAUAACAUCCCAAGCCAUGAAAGCAGUGGAUCUUUUCCCAUUUAAAGCCGAAAUAUUCCUGAUUACUGACUUGCUUGUGAACAUCACAAAGCAUGUGUUAAAGCCAAAGCAUCGGAGACUGACCAACCAAGAGGAACGGAGGCUCUUGAAAAAGUACAAUAUAGAAGAGAAGCAGCUUCCUCGAAUGUUACGAAAAGAUGCAAUUACGAGAUACUACGGACUUGAGAAGGGGCAGGUGGUGAAAGUGACAUAUGGUGGUGGUGAAAUCACUGAGUCGCAUGUUACUUACCGUUGCAUUUGGUGA